AUGAUUCACCUCCUGCAGAACGGGAACCAGGUGAAGUUGUGGACAGCCUGGUAGGCAAACAAGUGGAAUAUGCCAAAGAAGAUGGCUCAAAAAGGACUGGCAUGGUCAUUCAUCAGGUUGAAGCCAAACCAUCAGUCUAUUUCAUCAAGUUUGAUGAUGAUUUCCAUAUUUAUGUCUACGAUUUGGUGAAGACAUCCUAGACAUCCUUGUGAACUUUUGCCAAAUUUGUGGAACUAUUAAAUGUAUAAUUUGUAGACACAAAGACUUGACUGCUUUCCAGUUUAAUGAAAGCUUAAACGUCCCUGCGAACCCACAAUCUCUGCCAGCAAAACUGUUUUGUUCUGACUGAUACAAACAACAGUGACACACUUGUGUAAGAGAACUCCUUUUCUUGAAGGAAGUCAAUAUAUUUGGGCAGGAGGGAGUUAAAAACAGAGAACAGCUGCAAAUUCAAGCUGUAUAAAGUUGAUCUAGUAUUGUAAUCAAUUAAUCUAAAUUUUUUCAUAGAUUAUAACUUUUUCUUCAACCUUGCACUCACCUGUUCAAUUGCCACAUGCAAGUGUAGUUUGAUAUUUUUAUAUGCCUUCUUCUGUAACAUUAAAUUUAAUUUCUUGGUUACUAGCAGUCCUUGUUUUCAAGGUUGGGACAGAGGUGACUUUUCUGAAAGGUUUUAACAGUUUGUGCAGCAUUGAGGAGUGCCUAACCCACAUAACAUCAAUCUGCUGUGUUUCUACACCUUAUUUCAAAUUAAGCUUUUCAAGAAUUUGCAGUACAUGGAAAUACUUGUGCAUUUUUAGUAGUCAGAGCAGUAGGAUAUCAAGUGUUUGACUUAUGCACCUUUCAGUGAAAAGGCUUUAAACUAUAAAAAUAUAUCUAAUCUGUAUAACCAGUUACUUAGAAUAUACAGGUUAAUGGCCCAUAUUUUCAAGUUGUAGGAACCAGUAAAAUCCACGCAACAAGGCUGCCUUCAGUCCUAAAUGUACUUCUUUAUUUCUUGUACACACUUCUUAGCAAAACCCAAGUGCUUGGUGCCACAACUUUUAACAGUAUAUAUGCUACUUCAGAAACUUUAGACUACGCAUUGGCAAUGAGUAGUCUCUCAUUUAAUAUCGAAACCUAGCAACCUGAAUGUUUGUGUGUGGACUUAGAAGCCUAAAGGUAGUUAAUAUUUUACAUGGUAAAUACAAUCUGAUGCCGGGAGGGUGGGAGGUGGGUGUCCUUUUACACUGAAAACUUAUGAGAAGCAUUUGUUGCCUUCUGCUCAGUCUGUUGCAUUUCUUUAUAUGUAUGUUUGGUUCGUUUUUAACCAUUUUAGUUUAAGAAGGCAUCUUCCCCACUUAGUCUUUUUCUGGCUUUUCCACAUAAGGUGUGUCCAGACAAAUCUACAGCUUAAACCUGUUGUUGCCUUUUGUGAUGUACAUUGUACUUGCUUUGAGGUAUGCUGUUAACGUAAAUUUCAUUCUAUGAACACUAGAGUUCUGCAUGCCAGUGGUGUACUAGCUAAUGGAAGCUAUAGGCAGUCUCAGUGAUUCGAUCAUCUGCAUUAGAUUGUGGAUGUAAAUAGCAGCCGACAACACCAAAAUCCUUUUAUGGUUUUAAUCUUGCAAGAGAGUUGUAAAUGAAGAUUAGGAUUUUUUAAGUGUGGCAGCUUUUUAAAAGUAUCUGAAUUGCAACAAUCAUCAGCACAGCAACUAAAUUGUCAUGUUACAUUAAGGCAGAGCUCUGCAAGUUUCAAAGAGCUGCUUUCACAGAUAUACAGUAUGUGAAGACAGUCAACACUGUUGAUGAAAGGAACAAAUACUCUGAUAACCAACAGUAUGCCAUUAGUAUAAGGAUGCAGGAGAGGUGCUGUUAAACAGAGAUCAGAGGUCCGGAUGACCUCUACUGUGGGUAUUCUUGAUACUGAAGGCUCAGUGGUUUAAGCCCCUUUCUGUCCAUUUUUUUGCCUGAUUUCAUAUUUUAGCCUUAAGGCUUAUGCCUCAUUAUACUGUUGAAUGGUAAUAAAUACUCUCCAUAUAAAUAA